AUGGCUGCCACCACACUCGUAAAAGUAUCGACAGUUGUAGAUUCAUUGAUAAACAAUAGCAAUAAGACCAACCACCACCAACUUGAAGAACAACAAAUAAUGGAAGAGGAUGAACAACUACAGCAGCCAACGAUUGUUUCAUCUUUUAAUAACUCACCUCGGAAACGUAAGAGGGUAAAUAAUAACAACAAUACGAGUUCAGCAAGCAAUGGUAAUGCUGGUGCUAAUGGAGCCGAAGACCUUACAGAGAGUUUUGACUUUAUGGAGACUGACACGAUGGACGUCUACACUUUCACCGAAAACAACAGCAACAAUGUGUCAUCGGAAACAUCGAAUAAUAAAAAAACAGGUAGAAAAACCCCGAAUAGACGUGGAUCUACCAAAAAUAAGCAAAAUGGGAGGAAAGAAAAGAAUAAUAGCACUAAUAGUAAAAAGUUAAAAAUGAAACGAGAUAAGGUGGAUGAAGAUGAGGAUGCAAUUUCGAUCGAUUCUUUCGGUGGAUUGUCUGAUUAUUUUCAACAUGAAGAGGAUCACAGGGAAGAUGUUAAAGCUUCUUCGUCGUCGUCUGCAUUACUAAAUGGGACUGGCGGUCAAGAACCUAAAGGCAAAGAAAAAGAGGGAAAUGAAGAAAAGAUAGAAGUCGAUUUACCAUUUGGUGGAAAAUUGACCGAAGAAGAAGCUGAUUUAACUAAAACGACGCCUGAUCAAAAUGACAAAAUUAAAUUUGAAAGAGCUAAAACUCAAGCAGAAGCGAAAAAUCCAAAAUCUGAAUCUCAAGCUACAGAAGAGAAAACACAGCAUGAUUUUAUCGAGACAACUCCCAAAAUACAAAAAAUUCGGUUCGGUGAUUGGGAAAUUGACACAUGGUUCGUCGCGCCGUAUCCUGAAGAGUAUAGUCUACAUGAAGUGUUGUAUAUUUGCGAGUUUUGUCUCAAAUACAUGAAGAGCCAAUUUGUUGCAACUAGGCAUAAGCAAAAAUGUCCUAUGCGACAUCCGCCAGGAGAUGAAAUUUACCGAGACGAUCAGAUUUCGAUAUUUGAAGUUGAUGGAAGGAAGAAUAAGAUUUAUUGUCAGAACUUGUGUCUGCUGGCUAAAAUGUUUUUAGACCAUAAAACACUAUAUUAUGAUGUCGAGCCAUUCCUCUUCUACGUAAUGACAGAAUGCACAGAUAGUGGAUGUCACUUUGUCGGAUACUUUUCCAAAGAAAAACGGUCCCCAUUAAAUUAUAAUGUAUCUUGCAUUCUAACGUUGCCAAUACAUCAAAGAAAAGGAUAUGGCAACUUGUUAAUUGAUUUUAGUUAUUUACUAACGAAAAAAGAAAAUAAGACCGGAUCACCCGAAAAACCAUUAUCUGAUCUUGGACUUCUUAGUUAUCGUAACUAUUGGCGUAAUAUCAUAUUUGAAGAAUUAAGGAAUGUCAAAGAUCCUAUUAGUAUUGAAGAAUUAAGUCGAAGGACAAGUAUGACACCCGAUGAUGUGAUUUCCACAAUGCAAACAAACGACAUACUUGUCAAAGAUCCAGAGACACAUUCAUACAAAUUAGUAAUCGACAAGCAACGUAUCGAAGCCCAUUUCAAGAAAGUUGAUUCAAAAGGCUACCCAAAAAUAAAACCUGAAAAUCUAAAAUGGACACCUUUUAUUGUGACAAGAGGACUCGGCCUACGAUUAGUAGACGACGAAGAAAAACAGGAUAGUAGUGAGGAAAAGGUCAAGGAGAAAGAAGACGAUGAGAAAAUUAAACGAGAGAAAAUUGAAGGUGAUUCAUCUGCUAUAGCUGGAGAUGGAAGCCAGGCAGUCAUUGGAAUUAUAGACAAGAAUAAAAAAAGGAAAAAACGAGCCUUUAACCCGAGUCUUGGCACAAGAAGAAUGACAAGGACAAGAGCUAGGCUAGAGAGCGAGAACGCGAACGCGGAAAAACAAGUGACCUCAAACACGGUGACGACUACUACUCAUGAAGCGAUAAAUGGGGUUACAGAAGAGGAAGAAAGGAAUAAUGUUGAUCAAGGUGGGAACGAGACCAAUUGA